AAUCAGAACUAUCAAAGCUUUACUCCUUAAAUAUUGUAACUUAUAAGGUCAGACCUACUCGCCUAAACAUGUACCCAUAAUGCGUGAAGAAUCUAUGUACCACAUGGAUGUAUGAUGAAUAUUGAAAUGAACAACAAUUUGCAUACUUGGUUAAUUUAUGGCGUCUGAAGAUUUUUAUUUAUAAUCCUAAAGUAGCUUGUAACGGUGACGUACGGCUACGGGCAACCGGUGGGAGGCUACGUACGCGGUACGGUACGCGCAUGAAAAUGGUGGACAAUGAACGUAUAUUAUGUGUUUUCUUUACUCCAAAUAAAUUUCUCACUGUUGAGUUUUAUAUGCAUAUAAAACUCUUUUAGCUACUGUUUAAAAUCGACUUACUUUAGGACUGUGUGCCCGAUCUCACACCGAUUUUCUCAUGAUUAGUCUAUAUACGCACGUUACAGAGCAUGAUUAACUAUAAUAAGUAUAUGUUUGAGUUGUAGAAGUUGACUUUUGAAGUUUAGAGUUUCCUCGUUGGUGCCCAUGUUGCUACGCAUUGAUGAAAAGAGAGAGAUACAUGCAGAUUCUCUUUGUCCCCGCUAUAUAAAAAUUGUAAAAUAUACUUGUAACUUGCAUGUACACCGUCUUCAACUCCCUUUUGUUUAGCUGCACAUGGUAUUUCAUUUUCAGCUCCCUUAGUGGCGCUCAAUAUGAAUCUAUACAUACUAAUAACUGAAAUCGACAUUAAUGCAAAAUAAAAAUAAAAAUUAAGCAUCCUUGUUGACCUUGGCCGAUGUAAUAUCUGAUUUUUUUUUAAAGAUAUAUAUGAAUUAGAAAUUACAAUAAAAAUAUUGGUUUAUUUGUGUGGCUACGAAGUAAGAACACACACAAGGUUGGUUAAAUUAUAAAAAAAUCAAUGGAGAAACGAAUAUAGCGACUUGUUCGAGGCCAUUGUCAACUAAGAAAGAAACUAGUGAUAUUUUUUUUUCAUACAUACGUUCAGAACUCAUAAUUAGACUGAACGCGUGAAGCUUAAAAAAUAUAGAGUCCACCAAACCCUUACCAAGAAUUCUUAAAUAUUCAAUUCAGCCUUCACCUAAAUUUGAUUAUUUAUUAUAUAUUCACAAGAAGCCUCAUCAUCACCGUUCAAAUAUUUCUCCCCUUGCACUUUUCUCCGUGAUUAUGUUGUGUUUAGGUUCAAGAAGCUUCAUUAUCCUCCAUUUUCAAAUAUUUUAUUCCUUAAAAAAAUGGAAACCUCAGUUUGUAUAUUCUUGCGGGUUCUUAGUUGUCAGUGAGUCAGGUCUCUGUUAUUGGUGAAUCUGAACCUAUUGUUCUCUCUAUGGGAUGAAUUCGCCGUCGAGUUACAAGAAUCUGAGACUCUUUUCAAAACCCAUCGCUUUCAAAUGUCUUGUUCUCGUUGGUAUUGCUCUGUUCUACAAAGCUCUGUUUCUCUCUUCCUCUCCCAGAAACCUUCUCUCGAUCCGAGCCUCAGAUUCCUCCUCUACCUAUGGAGUCAGGACCGAUAAGUUUCUGGAGGCUCCUCAGAUCGUGUGGGGACUGAACAACCAGAAGAUAGCUUUCGCCAGAGCGUGCUUGACGGCGAGAACGAUGAACAGAACGCUUCUCAUGCCUAGUUUAAGCGCUUCCUUGUUCUACAAGGAAGUCGACAAGCUUCUUCCCAUUCCCUUUGAUAAAGUGUUUCAGUUCGAAAGGUUCAACUCUCUGUGUAAUGGGUUCGUGCGGCUAGCUCGGUUCUCUGACGUUAGAAACAGAACGCAAGUCUUUGAUUUGGAGAAAGGCAGUGGGAGAAGAUGGACGGUGGAGAGAGAUUUGGAUCAGCUGAAACAGUCUGUGUCCGUUGAUGAGUUUGAAGUGAUCAAUGUGAAAGGGAAGAACCCUUUCUUGUGGCAUGAUCACUGGCCGGUUAAGGAUUAUGCUAAGGUCUUUGAGUGUAUGGUUGUGGUUGAUGAGAUCUCGAGGGAAGCAGAUAAAGUGGUGACGAGAAUCAGACAAGCAGGGGGAGAUAGAAUCAUCAUGGAGGGUCAUGUUCCUUUUGUUGCGGUUCACAUGAGGAUAGAGAUAGAUUGGAUGAUACAUUGCAAGAAGCUAGAGCAAAGGCAGAAAGUUUCAGAGAUUUGUAGUAGCAAAAGAGAGAUUAUGGAGAGAGUAGGGAACAUUUCAGGUUUAGAGACUCCCACAGUUCUUUACCUAGCGGUAGCUGAUAGUCUCUUGGAAGAGAAAGAAGGAGAAUCACCGGUGUUAGCGGGUUGGAGAGAAGGGUUGAUACCUUUUGAGAAGAAGAAGCUUGGGGUUAAAGAGGAGGUUUAUGGAAAGUACUCGUAUUUGAUUCAGUCAGCUAUAGAUUACGAGGUGUGUUUAAGAGCAGAUGUUUUUGUUGGUAAUAGCUUUUCGACUUUCUCUAGUCUCAUUGUUCUUGAGAGGACUCAGAAGGCGAGAAGGUUAGGGGUUGUGAGUUCUUGUGAUGAUGGUGGAAACGUGUGGAGAUCUUAUGCUUAUAAUCUGGCUGGAGAAUCAGAGGGAGUUCCAAGGAGAUGGAUGACUAAUAUGACUCAUUCAAGCUUGGAAGCUAUUAGCUAUGGCUCAAACACUGUUUCUUGUUCAAGUGAAUGAAGUUGAGACAUUUUAGAAUUAGUUUUUUUGGUCUUUUUUUUUAUACAAUUCGUUUAUUUGUGGGGUACAAAGUUGUGUAGAUUUUAGAUCUCUUGUUCUUCAAUUUGGUCUUCUGAUGGUAAUUAUUGUGAGACAAAAAGAGAGUAAGAAGUGGAAUCUAUAGAAACCAAUUCUUUAUUUGUCAGAGAAGACAUUCAUGUACAAACAAUCUCUUAAUUCAAAUUUCAAGAAUUACAAAU